CCCUCAGGCGUUGUGCGCAUGAAUAGUGGGAUGUAGAAGCGUUGUAGUUGCCGUGACAACGGUGUCCGGCCCGCGGCUCGGGUUCGGGUCGGGAGCCGACUCCUUCGGCCCGGCCCGGCCGCUCCAUGCCGCGGAAGGUGCUUUGUUGCGUCCUGCAGCUGGAGAUCCGCUCGAUAACUUGCCCCGGAGUGGUGCUAAAAGACAAAGAGGAGCUGUAUCUCACUGUCACUAUACUUGGGCAAUACAAAAAAACUCGGGCCGUCCCUGCAGCAUUUCCACUUUUCUUUCAAGAAAAACUAGUAUUUGAAAAGACAUUUGCUAAUAUAGUUGAUCCUGGAGACCUCGUGGAGUUGCUAGAAGUUGACACAGCAGUGCUUGAACUAAUACAGCUCGUUCCUCCAGUUGGAGAAAUUCUAGCUACUUAUGAAGAAAAUACAAGAGAUUUCCUGUUCCCUGAACCUAAGCUUAGCUGUCGGCACCAUGAUAUAGAUCGUGAGAUUUUAAUGAAGAGAUCUUCUUACUUUACUGGAAUUGCACCAAAAUUGAGAUUUUCGACGAGCUUCCUCAUUACAGAAAGUCUGUUAAGCUCAGGAAGGAGUCACGUACAGGAUGACUUGAAUUGGGUACAUCACUCGACUCCAAAUGGUAAACUGCAAACAAAGUUACUGAAGAAAAACAGGCUUUCACCUAAGAAAAGCAGGCACAGUGUAGCAAGGAAGAACUAUGAGCAGCCUACAAUAGCUUCCAAGUCCCGUUCUCCAUCUCCAUACACCAAAAGACGAAUGUGUGAGCUGUCAGUAGAAGCCAGGCAACGACUGGCCCACUUAAACCUUGGUCCUUACGAAUUCAGAAGAGAAACUGAUAAACCUCCGUUUGUAGUUAGACGGGUAGAACAACCUAGUGCUGAGGUUUAUGCCUACUCUACCCUGCCAGAAGGCACGAUGGAAGCUUGGUCCAAGGUAACACCUGAUCUUUCUCUUCUUGGCAGAUACAAACCCAAGAGAGCCAAAGCGAGAUCUACUCAUGGGAAAGACUAUGGCAGUUUUUCGGAUGUUAGUAAUGAGGAUGUGAUCUCUGGUUCACCCAACAGAUUGGCCUAUUCCGGUCGUUCAUUAGUGCAUUCAGCACCUUCAGCAUUUCAGAAGCAUUCUCUAAGUUCUGUACUAAAUCGAUCUUCUCUGAGGGAAAGAUUUAACUCUGGUUGGCCUUCACCAGCAAAUGGAGAUGAGAUCCAUAAAAGAGUGAAAAAUAUUUUAAGGACACACAGUGCUAGACAGCGCCUGGUGUUUGAUGAAAGUAACUCAUCAAAAGGAAACUUGACUAAAACAAGAGAAUCUUCACGUAAAGCACACGUACCCUUAAGUGAUCUGCGGAGCAGUUCACCAGUGCAGCCGAACAUCACUGUUCACUUGGAUAAUGGUGAAUUCUGGUCUAACCGUGCAGCUGUGUACAAAGGGAAGCCUCACAGAGCAAUCUUUGAAGACAGUCUUGGGAAGAUAUAUAGAAACAUGUACCGAAAAGCUGCUGGCACUAUUUGAGACCAAAAAUCAUACUCCUGAUAGCAUCAGCUGGAAAUGCACAGUGCAUGGUGUUAUUUCUUACGGAAACUUUUUUUUAUGUAGCAAAUAUUUGUACUCUAUUUCUAAGGUGUAAUUAUGGCUGGGUGGGAUUUUGGAGAAAUGGAGUUUUGGUCUGGGUUGCCAAAUGAAUGCUAUUAGCAGCACCCUCACCACCCCAACACCUCUGCUCCAAAUUUUAUGAAAACCUAACAAAUAACAGGAAAAAAAGCCCUAAGCCCCUCCAUAGUUGAGAAUGAUGUUGCUCCUUUGAGACUCUCAGAAGAUAGCCAUUUUAAAGUCUAGUAUGUCCGAUGGACAUUCCUGCCUGACAAAGGUCAGGUUUCAGCUGCAGUCAAUUAUUAUUGAAAUAAUUAAAUUGAUGUAGUAACAUAAGGAGCAAUAAGUCCUAGUGUUCAGAGAGGGUAUCUAAAGGGGGAGGGCAAGUGUGAGUGUUGAUUUAAAUGGUCUGCUCUGGGAAAGAGGGAAUUUGGAUUGUUUUUCUAGAAAACUGGCUUUAGAUUAUUUGUUUUUUAGCAAGGCGGAAAGAAGACUCCAAAGAGGUUUCAAAUGAUGUCAAAUUUUAAAAGAAACCUAUCCAGAUUAGCAGUAUGGAUUAUUAGAAGGAGAGCUUUCUUUACAUGCCCUGCGUGUUUGAAAGUUUCCAUGUUUUCUUGAAUGUAGUCCUGACAUGUGCAAAUACAGUUGUAGUUUUUAAAAAUACAAAUGGGAAAGGAGUGGGGAAGACUGGAGCAAGGUAGUCAUAAAGCUCAUAUAUCCAGUACAGGCCUUCUGAAGUGCCUGUAUCACAAUCCCACCUAAUUUGGAGCCCGUCCUUCCCAGUCUGCUGGGAUCCUGUUGGCAGAAAUCACAUUCUUUCUGCUAAAGGCCACCAAAUGUUCAUCAGCAGUUCAGUGCUAUCCCGAGGGAUGGAACCUUUUCAGCCUUGCAUUGAACAGAUCCCACAUUAGCAAGCCAGGGCAAGUUGCCCAUCUAUUGAAAAGCCGAAUGCUUUAAAAGGGCAAGAGUGUCCAUCUCCUGCUUCCUUUUAGAAUGGGGAGGGGGGAAAUGCAUGCAUAUUCUGGCUACUUCCCUAAGUGAACAGGUUCAGUUAUACCGAUGCCAUUUUACCUGUUAUGAUAGGAUAAAAGAUAAAGCUUGCAGUACAGAUGGCAGAACAUAUGACUGUUACCUGCCAGCAUGCCUAGAUAAACAAAAAGUUGGUCUACUCUGCCUUCCAUCCUUUAAUGCUGAGACAACAUAAUUGAUUUGAGAAAGCAGUUGGUGAGCAAUUAUGCUGGUGGGAGAGCCUGCUGAAAGGCUGUGUGCUUCUGCUUCAAGAAAGGGGACUCUCAGAGGAAGCAUCUUCCAUACAGACGUUUCUAUUCUUUGUAACAGUUAAGCUAGUUGAAGUGGAUUAACGCUGAUCACUUCCUGUCCCUGCUGCCAUUUAACACAUUAAUGCUUUCAAAGGGCAUUAGCUGCACAGCCUUACUCUGCAGAUAACUGUUGAGGUGCUCUGUGAAGAAGUAGUAUGCUUUUAUUAUUUGUAGAUGUGAAAAGAAAAGCUUACCUGAGCCAUGCCUCUGAAGACAUGGUGGCCGUGGAGUACUGGGUUACCAGUACUUGGUAUUCCGUCAUUAGUCCCAUAACACCAGAUUAGUCCAGAAGGGAAUAGUUUCUGUCUUGCUACUCACGGAAAAUAAGUUCAGGGCACAAACUGGGAAUGGGAGAGGUUGGAGGCCAAUGUGAAAAAACAGGGUAAGAUUUCUGUGAGAUCCAGAGGACAUAACUGAAGAAUCAUAGUGUACGGUAAAAUGACGACUUCUGAUUUUUUCAUCACAGGCUAAAACUAGGUGGGAGAAAUAGAAAGUGUCGUAUACUAAAUUCUGACCACCAUGAACAUUCUCACCGAGGCCUUUGUAUGCAGCAUAACAAGUGAAGCAGAUAGGCUCUGAGUGUCGCUGGCCCUGCUCCAGCUGCAGAGAGAGAUGGCGUGUAUGUCUUUCUGCAUCAGCUGCUGCAGGAUAUGUGUUUCUCUCUUGGGUCAGAGUCAUUCUGCAGCUUAUAUGCUGUGAUACUGCACAGUUCUCUUCCAAGCACUGUACUGGAAAUCCAGUUUGGUUAAUGGAAAGCUUUUCUAUGAAAUGUGACCUAAAACCCAAAGUACUCUAUCUGUCCAUAAAAUCUGCAAGCCACUUGUUUUUUAAAAGCUUUUGGCCCCUUCCCUGUUUGCUCGGCUAACCCUCCAAUUAAUAUGCAUACAGCUCAAGUGCACUGAGCGCUGCUGCUCCUUUGCUACUGCAGCAUGCGAUAAGUAUAGGUUCAGGCAGUGAACCAACAUAGUAAUAAACUGUAAUUGUUUAGUGCACCUUGCCUUCUAAUACAAUUUAAAUCCCCUCUAUCAAAUGCAAAUUUCUAGGUUCCUGAGUGGAGCUUUAAAUAGCAUUUUCUAUGCUCAUUCCUUAUCUUUUGCCAUCCACAAAGUGGUCUGUUAGUGACAUUGGGAUGGCAUCAUUCCACCUCCAUCAUUUUACCUCCUAAAGGAAAGCUGUCUACUGAAAUCUAGAAAUAAUGGGCUAGAUUAAGAGAGAAUUAGUGGGUUUUUUUUAUACAGCCUAUCUCUUUCUCUUGCCCUCCCCAAGCUAUUAUAACCCAAGUGUAUUAUCGACAAAUGUUGUUCAGCAUUCAGUGUUGCUUGCAGUAUGCAGUCUAAUCAGUGUAAUAUUUUAAUCACUUUCAUUUUAAUAAAUCAGAGUCAACUUCCAGCAUGCUCCCUUUCCUACAAAGAACUUGAUAUGGCUUAGGACCUUGGGAUGGCUCACUAGGCAUAUACUUAGUCUGCUCAUUGGAUUGAAUGCUAAAUCCUUUGCUGAGUAGCAGUUGCUUUGGAAAUGACUUAGUCAUUGACCUGUUGUGGGUCAAAUGUGAAAAUAUCUGACUUAUUAAUGAUCUAACUUAUCAAAGUUUUCAACAAGAAGCAGGGAAGUAUAAGUUGGUCCACUGGGAACAAGAGGCAGAGGGGUGGUGGGAGUAAGGAACAGCCUUAUGGAAUUAGAUGGGUGGUAAUGUUUGUAUGCCAGAUCUGAAGAGGCUUUGAAAAUGAGGGCUGUUACUUAAAAUGUAGAUCAUGUUUGAACUUUACUGUUACUUAGUAGGUUGCCAAAAUAGAGAGGAAGCUACCUAUUGGGGUUGGGAUCCUAUUUCUGGGGAUAAAAUAACAGGUUUUAGCUCUGCUCAGUAUUAAAUAGUCUGUGCUAAAUUCCCUUUCACUAUUACCUCAGCUGUAAAAUGGAAAGUUUGUGCUCUAUUGAAGCUUAAUUAAAUGACUGCAGAGUGCUUUGGGAUCCUGAAGUGAACGUUACUGAAAUUUUCUUGUGGAAGCCUGGCUGAAAAUUCCCAUUUCAUCUCCAGAUUACUAAAAAGGCCUUAUUCUACUGUUCCCAGAUUUAUUAUGUUUUAAUCAGCCAGUUAUUAAGCGAGUCUUAAAGUUAUCAAGGUAGAAACCUUAUACAUUCAUAAGACUAUUGAAAAAGACAUUGCUUUAUCACUGAUCUUUAUCACAGACCUUCCCACAAUGGGCAUUUUAUGCAGUUUAUGUCUCUUGGAUGAUCUGGGUUCAUCAUACUCAUGCUUCAAGGUUUGCUAGCCAGCACCGUUAACAUCUAUCAGGUUGCUUUCAUCCCCUCCCCAGGAACUAAAGUGGUGCAGUGGUGUGUUCAACUUGGCAAUGGGAAAGGUUGUAUGGUGCUAUGGGUAACCUGCUAUAAUAGUGCUGAUCUUCCUGAUUUUUAAACUUAAAACAGUGUUUUCUGAAACACUGAGCUAUGCAGCGAAGCUGUUAGCUUUUUAGCAGUGGUUACUCAAUUGUAUAGGUCUUGUGAUGUGGAGUCUCUGAGUCAUAGAAAACCCAACCAUCAAGCUAGUUACUUCACUGUUACAGAGUGAUCGUUAUCAGGAGAUUUUAUUUUCAGGAGGUGAGAAAUUUGAGGGAACUUUUAAAUGGUUGGAACUUCUUCAUUGUUGUCUUCAGUGUAAACAAUUGAAUUUAAUGUGGGUUAUAUUAAUGAGCUGCUUCAGUGACAGAAAUGGUGCCUGGUUUUGGUGGUGGUCUCCAGUAGCAGUGGAGAGCUGGUCUUUGCCCAGUUCCUUUGAGUGUCCAUAAAUUAGUGUUGUGGGAAGCGAUCAAAAGCAGCUAAUUGGGAAUACUAAGAACAAAACCAAAUGUUGUUCUUGAUUUCUGCUGUGUGCCCAUGGAAUUGGAGCAUCAUCAACCAAGACCCUAAAAAAGCAGCGUCUGUAGCUCCUUCUGUUAACAAUGUUGGUUUGCCAAAGACAUGAUUUGUUCCUUGUGUUUGUCUUCAGAGAGAAAUUCUCUGAAAUGCAGUGAUAAUUUGUCUGGAUGACAACAUGGAGGAAUUGCAGUCCUUCUCCUUGCUUGAUCAAUGUGGAGACUGUGCUCUUUCUUUGUGUUUGUUUCCAUGUAGCUCUGGGUGAUUGUUUCUGACAGAGAACUCUCUGCAGGUGAGAUGUGCAGAUCCGAGCUGCCUUCUCAUCUCCUCAGGGGAAGGCGUUUGCUAUUACUAAACAAGGUCCCCUUUGAAUCAUAAGGGUUUCCUCCUCCCUAUGAAACUUAUUUGGUCAAACAUUGGUAUAACAGCAUGGAACUGCUGGGAUUGGACGGGGCAUGGAUGGGAAUCAGGCUUUCCGUGCUUUCUGCACUUGAAUACCAGUCUACAAAGCAGCUGUGAAACCCAUAAAUAGAUGCUGAAGCAACAAAAGCACCACUCACACUGCUGAAUUCUAAUGCAGGUAUAUUUGUAUCUUUGCACUGGCUUUAAUUUCUGUUUGGAUGUUGCACCAAGGCGUUGUUACUAUGAACUGUCCCACUGAGCACUGCACCAAUGAACGUUUACUAAGAGGUUGCUUUCCCUGGCUGCCUUGUUUUCACCACAGCCAUCUACUGUUUACAUACAUUUUAGCCUCUGUGCCAUUUUUGAAGGCUUUAUUUGUCUCAUUUACGUUUUUGGUUCGGAUAAUACUUAAAUAUGAAAUCCAUCUGUGGAGCAUAUUGUAUACUCACGUUGAGGGGUAAAACCGGUUUUUAAUUAAAAUUUUAUACAGCACUUGUA